AAAAACAGUUAUGAUUUACAAUAUGUUUAGCUCAAGAUAUAUACUGUUUAUAUCAUUGUCAGCCACAACGUGUUACUUCCGGAAUCGGUACCACAAAAGUCGAUAUCAACGAAAACAGCAACUGUCCAGCAAAUUGUGGCCACAAUUCAGGACAAUAUAUAGGACAACAUAUCUUUCAAACGAUCGCACUGUAGAGCCAUUCACUCGGGAGUGGUUUAUGCCAUACGUUGCCAUUAAACCGAACGUCAAGAAUACAUUUAUCGACCGAUAUCCUGAUGGAUAUACGGGUCCAUUGUACACAACUGGUCCCGGUAUGAUUAUCCAUCCGUCGGGUCUGGUUAUGGCCAGAAACCUACAUUUUAAACUUCUAACUCACGUCAAAAUAUGUUUUUCCAAUAAUCUUGAAAUUGAUGGAACUGUUCUCUACAGAGACAAUGGUAUGGAUGUUGCAAUUCUUCAAAUAGAAAGUACACGAACUGAUUGGCCAGUAGUGUCCUUUCGCAACAUAGUUGACGAACCCGUCAAACGCGGCGAUCGUGUAUACACUGUAAACACGUGUGCCAUACGAUUUUCAUUGAUGGACGGAACUGUUACAGAUGUCGACAAAACUUCCCAAUCGUUUACUACCGGACUAUUACCGAUAAACAUACCGCCAGACGAUCCACUCAUACAGCACUCGUGUCCCGUUUCUAACAAUCACCUCGAAGUGGCAUUAGUGGACAGUGAGGGUCGGCUGAUUGGUCUCAAUAUCGGUGCAGAAUCGAGAUGUGUAACUAUUGCUUAUUCAUUGGAUAUUAAAAAAAUUAAGUCCUUUUUGGAUAAAAAUGAAUUUCCAUUUCUGUCCUAUCAUUCAUAUGGACUGAUGACUUACUGGUAUGAACCGGCACUCAGAAAUCAAUUUGUUGAAUGGGGCGUUCCCUAUGAUAGACUACCCGAUUAUAGCGGUCUACUUAUCUAUUGGGUAUCUCGCGAUGAUCUAUAUCGGACCAGUACUAUCAAAGAUUACGAAGUGAUAACACACGUAAACUCAAUACCGUUGACAUCAAUGGACGAUUGGUACGCCAUAGUGGACGUGUCCACCGAUAUCUCUUAUUUUAUAUUAUACUCGUGUUAA